AUGCCUUAUAACAUUGCUAUGGUCAGUGACUUCUUUUUCCCCCAGUCGGGGGGAAUUGAAAGUCAUAUCUACCAGCUGUCCUCGAAACUUAUUGAUCGUGGACACAAAGUCAUCAUAAUCACCCACGCAUACAAAGGUCGGACAGGAGUCCGAUACCUGACCAAUGGCCUAAAGAUCUACCACGUCCCCUUCUUCGUCAUCUACCGUGAAACCACCUUCCCCACUGUCUUCUCAUUCUUUCCCAUAUUUCGCAACAUUGUCAUUCGCGAACAGAUUGAGAUUGUGCACGGCCAUGCAAGUCUUAGUAGUUUCUGUGGCGAAGCUAUUCUUCACGCGCGGACAAUGGGCCUGAGAACCGUCUUCACCGACCACUCUCUAUUCGGAUUCGCCGAUGCCGCUUCUAUUCUAACCAACAAACUCCUGAAAUUCACACUGAGCGAUGUGGACCAUGCAAUCUGUGUCAGCCAUACUUGUAAGGAGAAUACUGUCCUGCGAGCCUCCUUGGACCCCUUGAUGGUCUCAGUUAUUCCGAAUGCCGUUGUUGCAGAGAACUUUCGCCCCUUAUCAUAUACUCCUUCCCCCUUCGACCAGAUCCCGACCUCUCCCCUGCGGACCCACGGCUAUCCCGGACACCCAUUGGGCACCGAUCUUCUGAUCGCAGCCAUUCCACGUAUUCUGGCCUUAAAUCCAAACACCCGUUUCAUCAUUGCCGGCUCGGGCCCCAAGGCUAUCGACCUGGAACAGAUGCUGGAACGCAACGUGCUUCAGGAUAAGGUGGAGAUGCUUGGCUCAGUCCGACACGAAGAGGUGCGGGAUGUCAUGGUACGAGGUCAUAUCUACCUUCAUCCCAGUUUGACAGAAGCUUUCGGCACUGUCAUUGUUGAAGCCGCCAGCUGUGGUUUAUACGUUGUUUGCACUCGGGUCGGCGGUAUUCCUGAGGUGUUGCCACAGCAUAUGACAACCUUUGCGAAGCCCGAGGAAGACGAUCUCGUUGUUGCAACCAGCAAGGCAAUCGCAGCUUUGCGCUCCAAUAAAGUCCGAACUGACCGUUUCCACGAUCAAGUGAAGAUGAUGUAUUCUUGGCGGGAUGUUGCUGAACGCACCGAGCGAGUCUACCAAGGCAUUACAGGUGAGAUUAGCUCUGAGGAGUUCUACGGCUACUAUCCCGGCCAAGGAUGGGAAGCUAGUGGAGAUCGCGUACGCAGUUUCGCACUCAUCGAUCGCUUGAAACGGUACUAUGGCUGCGGCGUUUGGGCCGGAAAGCUGUUCUGUCUCUGUGUUGUCAUUGACUUCCUAAUCUACGUCUUUCUCGAGAUGUGGUUUCCACGGGCAAAUAUAGAUAUCGCCCGAAGCUGGCCGAAGAAGCAGCCGGCAGAGAAAUCUCGUCCGCCCACUUCUGCUCGCAGCAUUCGGUGA